AUGUCGAGCCUUUCUCUCUUCUCGCAGGCGGCGCACCCGGCCAAGGCGACCCUUGGGCUAUCCGGAGGAAAGCUGUGCUUCGUCAGGACCGCUAGCGCUUCGCCGAAGGCGUCCGGUCCGUCGCCACCAGCAGGCGUAGGAAGCGGGACAGGGUCAUCAGCACCACCACCAACACCGGGCGUCGCCGGCACCGCCGGCAGCAGCGGCGUCCCCCCCCUCCGGCCUAACAACGGGCAGGACACCCCCGCCGCCGCCGCCGCCGCCGCCGUUGUCAAGAAAAAGCCUGCACCACCGGCAACAGGCACCAAGAAAAAGGGAAAACUCCGCCUACCGUCAAGGAGAACGAAGGGCGGCGCCGGUAAGGGCGGGGGUGAGGGCGCCGCGCCAGCGGCGGCGACCUCAGCCGCCGAAGCAGCAGCAGCCAAAUCUCCCAAAUCUACGACGGUGAGAUCUCCGAAGGCUAGGGCGGCGAGAUCUCCGAAAGGGUGCGGCGCGGCCCUGGCCCCUACUACGGAGAGCAAGAAGAAGAAGAAGCAGCAGCAGGCGAGCGUGUGGGAAGGGUGUGGGUUUACCGGCGUGGGCGAACCUCUCAGCGCUGCAUCGGCUCCCGCCGACGCUGCUGGUGAUGACAAGGACGCCGCUACGGGCGCUUCCGCUUCGGGUGCCGUGGCUGCUGAUAUCGGUACGGGUUCUCGCGCUGCCGGUGCGGUAGGUGCUGAUGAUGACGCUGCGGAAUCUCCCGCUGCGAAUGAUGAUGUUGCUGAUGGUGGCGCUAAGGUUGGCCCAGGACAGGAGGAGACCAGCGAAUUAUCAUCACCAUGCCCGGUGGAGCCAUCGUCAACGGGCCAGAAGAGGCGAGCAGCGGGCGGGGGAGGGGGACACGCCGAGAGUGCCCGCUCCGAGACGCCGGGGGGGUGUGCUCGUGACGCCGCCGCCGGCAGCGGAGGCGAUGGGCCUCCGCUCGAGGGCGAUGAUGACGGCGGCAUGCCGGCCGUGUCGGAGCGGCUUGUACUUUCGGCCACCGUGCCCGCAAAGCAGAACGACGACCUCGGAGUCGACGGCGGCGAUGCUGCCGUGCCGGGCGCAGCAGCGAUAACGGCGGCGGCGGCGGCGGCGGCGGAAGGAGCGGCACCGCUAGCGGUAGCAGCGAUAGAACCGGCGGUAGGGGAGGCGGUGACGGAGCAGGCGGUGCCUAGAGCCUCGGACACGGAGAAAGAGAACGGCGGCGACGUGCCCGUUGCGGCCGAUCCAGGGACACCCGAAUCGACACCAGUUCCGCCGCCUCCUUUGGCGGCCGCUGCAGACGAAGAAGCCCCCGAGGCCGUUGCCGCGGCUAAGAAGAGCAAGAAGAAGACUUCCAAGGCGGCAGCGGCGGCGACGACGAUCAUCUCCGGGGAUUGCCCAACGGUGGUCUCCGGAGAUCCCCUCCCAACGUCACACAAGAAAGGAGCCGCCACCGGUAUGACUACUUCCGCGGAAGGCGUUCCGCAUGCCCCCAAGACCCGCGUCAUACCGGGGAACAUUCCGCCGGCUGCUGGAACGGCGGGUAAGCCCGCCAAGCUGGCCUCGAUCUUCCUUCCCAGAGCGGGCGGCUGGGGGGGCGCGGCGCCUGCGGCGGGUCCGAAGCUGGCGCCGCUCUUCGUGCCCAAGAGGAAGGCUAGCCCUGAGACUGUUAGCGACGUCGGCGGCGGUGGUGGUGGUUGUCGUGGUGGCGGUAGUGGCGAGAAAGAGAAGGAGAAGAGCGGACGGAAGAAGGCUUCUCUUCCUUCUUCGGUGUCUCCUCCGAGCAUAGAGAUCAUGGACGUUGACGACGAGGACGCGGGCGACGAGGAGGUCCUAGUCGCCACUGUCCUGGAAGGAAACAGCAGCGGCAGCAACAGCAGCAGCGGCAGCGGCAGAAGGAAAAGAGCGUCGGAAAUCGGUGCCGGAGGUGGUGAAACCGUCGACCUGGCGGCAGGGGGGCACGCAGACGACAACGAGGAUGAUGACGGGGGGUGGAAGGAAGCGUUGGCGGCAGCGGCGGCGGCGGCGCCAGUUAAGCCCCGUUCCAAGACGGUCACGGCCAUGACGGACGACCAGCUCCUGUCUGCUGUGGACAUGUUCCUCACGACGGAACAGCGCAAGCGCAAGGAGGCGAUAAAGAGGGACCAGGCGAAGAAACGCAAGGACAUUGACGCGGCGAACAAGCUCCUGAGCGACAGGGCGCAGAGGGACUCCUGGGCCCACUCCGCCGCUUCCUUCUCCCCAGGGGAAGAAGUUGCCUGGACUGAGAGAGGGAAGGGGGAGGAAGAGGAGCAGGGGCAGCAGGAUCAGGAGGAGAUAAUUUCGUCCGGGCGUAGGGAGAGGAUGAAGAAGACUGCCAGGGCGAGGCGGGCGGAGGCUGACGCGGAUGCCCUGUGGACAGAGGUGUACCGCCCGCGGUCCCCCGACGAGGUCUGCGGCAACGCCAUGCAGAUGGCGGCGCUGUCCAAGUGGCUGGGGGAAUGGAAGGAGAAGCGGAAGCGCGGGAGGGGCGGGGACGGAGCCGGUCCAUCCCCGGGUAGCGGAGAAGACUCUGGGGAAGAGUCAGAGUACGACUGGGUGCGAUUCUCAGACGAGGAAGAGGACGAGGACGCUAGGCUGUGCAACAUGGCCAUGCUCUGUGGCCCGCCGGGGGUGGGCAAGACAAGCGCUGUGUACGGGUGCGCUAAGGCGUUAGGGUACGAGGUUAUCGAGGUGAACCCUUCCCAGCUGCGGUCGGGAGCUGCCAUUCGCAGGCUGUUCGGCGAAGCGACGCAGUCCCACCACGUCUCCUCCGCCGAAACCAGCUCCAAGCCAGGCACCGAUGGAGUUGCGGGAGGCAGGAAAUCUCCGCCCCUAGAUGGUAUGUUCCCCUCCGACCGAGCUGCGGCGGGUUGGCGCGGAAGGGGGAGGGGGAGGGGGAGGGGACGGGGAAGGGGGAGGGGGGGACGCGGAGGGCGAGGAAGGGGGGGUAGGGGGGGGGUUGAAGGAGGCGGUGGUGUUGCGGGGGAGGGGACCGAGGUGAUGCGCGUGGUGACUCCCGCCGGCAACAAGCUCACCCUCAUCCUCUUUGAGGAAGUGGACGUGGUGUUCGAGGAGGACGUAGGCUUUCUUGGUGCUCUCAGGGACCUCCGGAGGGCCGCUAAGUGUCCCGUCAUACUCACGGCUGAGACCUACAGGCGCGAGUACGCCCCUCUCUCGUGCAACAUCUGGCAUCUGCCUCGUCCCAGGCUGGCGGAGCUGGAGGCAUGCCUGACGGCGGUGGCUGCGGCAGAGAGGCUGGACGUCUCUCUCGGUGCCCUUCGAGCCCUCGCGCAGUACCACAUGGGGGACCUCCGGGCCUGCCUCUUCACUCUCCAGGCGUGCAAGGGCAGACGAAGGCAGGCGAAUCAGCAGGCGAUGUUGUCGGCGUCGUCGUCGUCGUCUUCUGGCGGCGAUUGCUCCGUGAUCGACAUCACCGAACCCACACCUCCUUCCCCGAGGCAAGGAGCUGUGAGCACCCCCACCGCCACUUCACCGGCCACCGCCGCCACCGCCGCCGCCGCCGGCGCUUCGGGAGGAGCGACGAAAGGCAACAAACGCAGGCGCUCGUCUCGAUCCCGUUCCAAGGCCUCCUCCUCGUCUGCUGCUGGUUCCAGCCCCGAGGAACCUUCCGAGGACCGUUCCGAGAACCGUUCGAAGGCCGCUGCUUCCAGCCCCGAGGACCGUUCUGGGGACCGUUCCGAAGGCCGUUCCUCCUCCUCCUCCUCCUCCUCCUCCUCGUCAUCGGCGAUUGCGAGCUGCCGCCUCCACCUGGCCCACCACGUGGAGAGCGACUACGCCGCCUCGCACGCCCUCGCCUUCGACACCUUCCUCCCAGCCCUUGCCGCCGAGCAAGCGUUCGCGGCGGCUACGCCGGCAAUGAAAGAGGCGUCUUCAGUGCCGCCGGAGACGGUGGGAACAGCACCGCACCCCGCGGCGGCACAGCGUCAAGGGAUGGCGACGGAGGCGUGUUUGGCGCCGGGGGCGGGGACGGCGGCUCGUGGACGCACCGCCAUCGCUGCGACAAAGGGUCAAGGGGCAAUGGUGGGCGCAACGACUGCUACUACUGCCGCCGAGGAAAGCGUUGUCGCGAGCCUGGGAGGGGGGAAGAGCGGGGGCGAUGGCCGCUGGGAGGUGCCGUUCUUUCGGCGGUGGCCGGAGGUCUGGGCGGUGUCCCCGACGUUCGUGCAUACCACCGCCGUCGAAGCCGUUACGGUCCACCCUCUCUUCGAUCGGAAGGGCCCCGCGGGCGCAGCGGUCUCCGGCAAGGGAAGCGGCGGGAGCGGUGGUGGGGACGAUGGCGGUAGUGCUGCCGGCGGGAGCAAGGAGCCACGGCAGCCGGCGGCGGCGGCGGCCGCUGCGUGCAGGGACGGGAGCAGUAGUAAAGGCCACCGCGUCCUCAUCACCGGGAGGAACUUCGCGCACCCCGUUGCCGCCGAUGUGGCCGCUUCUGCUGUGCUCGGUUCUGAAGGCGGUGCUAGUAGCGUUAGCGGCGGCGGCGGCGGAGGCGGCGACGCCCUGAGCGGAGAGGCAUCCGGCCGAGGAGAACUCGAACAGGCAGGAGGAAAAACAGGGGAAAAGGAAGAUCAUCUCGCAAACGACGCCGCCGGCGGCGGCGAGACUAGGAGGAGCAAAACGCGGCGAGUUCUCGUACGGUUCGGGCGUGACGUCGCCGUCCCCGGGAAAGUCCUAUCAGACACCCUGGUAGAGGCCUUCGCCCCCGCCCGGUCGGAGAUAGGUUUCGUAGAUGUCGCGGUCGUCGUCGUGGCGGAGAGCGGCGCGGCCGGCGGAGACUUGGCGAGCGACUCCGUGAUCGCGACCACGGCGGCGGCGGGGCAACACGGGUGGCGGUUCGGUCGGAGGCACGCCCCCAUGCUCCGGUACCGGCCGCCGCCGCCGCCUUUCCCGCCGCUCCCGGAGGCAAAGAAGAAGUCGUCGUCGUCGUCAUCGUCAUCGCCGGGUGGUAAGGGAAAGCGGGGGAGGAAGAAGAAGAAGCGGAGGGAUUCCUCGGAGACCGGUCCGCAGACCGUCGAUGGUGGUGAUGCUGAUUAUCCCGCCGCCGCCGCCGCCGCCGCCGCUGCUGCUGAGGGGAAUGUUUGUGAGGGCGGGGCGGCGGCGCGUGGCUGUGGAGGAGGCGGCGACGGCGACGGCGGCGGGAAGGAGGCGGUGGUCGUUAACGGUCGGUACGGACGGGUCCCGUUGGACGACGGCGAGGGAGAAGCGGGCGGCGGGGACGGGCGGGGAGGGGAAGCCUCGGCAUCGGCAUCAUCAUCGUCGUCGGAGGAUAUGGAGGAUAUGGAGGAGGACGAGGACGAGGACGAGGAGGAAGAGGAGGAAGAGGAUGAUGAGGGGCUGCCGAAGAGAUCGUCUGGUGGGGGUGGGGGUGGGGGUGGCGGGGGGGGUGCGUCCGAGCAGCCGCCGACGGCGGUACCGUACCCGCUCCCUACGCCCGCACAGGCGGAACGGGAGCGGGGCCUAGCCUACCUGCUCACCGACACGUGGUCUCUGGCGGACACCUUCUCGGCAUCCGACGCCAUCGGAGGCGUUAGCCUGGGGAGGGGGCUGGACGGGGCCGGCCCGCCGCCCGCGCAGGGGGGGGACCACUUCUUGACGGUUGCGGGGCCCCCUAGGCCGACGCAGGACGCGCGGGUGGUGCACGGCUUCAUCGAAGACGAGGGAUGCGCGGGGCCGUGCACCAACGCGGAAGGCCUGCCUCGGGCCCUGUGGGACGGCGCCUGCAACUGGUACCAAUCCGUCUGCAGCGAGAAGGGCCACCAGCGCUCCCGCCUCUUCUCGCUCUCCCAAGACGCGACGGCGGCAGGCUCCACCCCCUCGCCGUCUACCGACCCCCACCACGCCCGGGGCAGUACGAAGGCAGAAGCAGCAGCAGCGGCCGUUGCAACUGGCUCCGGAGGCGGGGCAGUGCAGGCGAUGGCUCUGCGGGGGCACUGCCUGCCGUACUGCCGUCGGGACAGAGCGGACUUCAUUUGCUCGGGCACGGCCCUGUCCAACGAGCCCCUGCGCGCCCGAGGAUCGGCCCAUCUGCCGGCCCCCCUCACCCUCGACAGAGCCCCGGCACUCUCCCAGCUUUGCGAGGGGGAGGCCGACCGCAGACAGGAGAAUGCUAUCUGUGCCCCCCCCUACGGAAACAGCGGUUACAGCGGUUACAGCGGAGGCGUUUACGGUGGUGGCGGGGGUCGUAGCCAGCGAGGAGGUCGGUUCCGGCACUACCUGGUGCGGACGGGGGUGGUGGGGAACCCCCGUGAGGCUGACAGUCUCGCGCGGAUGUACAAGGAGCCUGCCUGGUAGGCCGUCGGAGCUUACAGUCUCGCACGGACGGGUGGUUUACCACGGAUCAACCGCCAGAUAGAUAUAGUCUUGGUCUUGGAAAGCUGUCGACUGCCGGACGGGGUUGGUGGGCCAUCCCCGGGAGGCUGACAGUCUCGCCAGGAUGUACAAGGAGCCCGCCUGGUAGGCUGCUCAAGCUGACAGUCUCGCACGCGGAUGGUUUACCACGGAGCAACCGCCUGGUAGAGAUUUAGUGUUGGUGGAAGGCGGUCGAAGGUCGGACGGGGUUGGUGGGGCACCACCAGAAGGCUGACAGUCUCGCCGGGAUUUACGAGGAGCAACCGGCAGGAGAUAGUGUUAGUCUUCGAAGGCUGUCGAAGCUGACAGUCUCGUACGGGUGUUUACCAAGCAGCCUGUGUGUUAGGGAUAGCGUUCAGCUGAUAUUGUUAGUCUUGGGCGGCUGCCGACGAUGCUCAUUGGCUGCCGAAGCUGACAGUAUCGUACGGAUGUUUACCAAGCAGCCUGCGUGUUAGAGAUAGCGUUCAGCUGAUAGCGUUAGUCUUGGGCGGCUGCCGACCAUGUUCGAUGGCUGCCGAAGCCAACAGUCUCACACGGAUGAGCAACCCUCGCCUGAUGGAGAUACAUUGUACUACUUGGUCUACUAAGGGUGUCGCCGCUGAUAGUCUCGCCAUGAUGAUGUACAAGGAGCCCGCGUGGUAUACUCUAGUUGUUGUCAUGGUUCGGAUCUUAGUCGGAGGCUGCGAUACGCUGAUUGGCGUGACCGGCAUCCUCGGGAAGCUACCGGCAGCAGUAGUCUCGUCUGAGAGAGGGAAACAUUGAAGAAAGCCCAGACUGGUAGAAGUGUAUUCUUGCGUUCGGUGUUAUUAUCUUUGGCAUGGUCGGGGAUCGAUGACCGCACUGAUCUGAUGAGUUUACUGCCAGAGAGAACGGGGACCCUGAUCGACCGGUGUAGAAGUCAAAACUCGAAAACGCCUCCUCCUCCAACAGCCUUGUUCCGAAGGCUGUGACGUUAUAUGCUCUGCUUGGUUGCAUGGGAAGGCAUCGGAGGCAAUGCGUUUAGGUUGGAAGCAAAAGAGCCGGUGUGCAUCGCACUCGAUGAGACGUACCGCCAACAUUUCUCGGCCGCGUGUGUGUACACGAGGAUCGACUGUU